AUGCUGUCCCUACUAACCAUUGCCAGCUUUCUUUCGUUGACGUCUGCCAUCAUAUGUCCAGAGAACUACUGUGAUCUCGUGACGGUUUUGAAAAUAGAGUGUAAAGGCAGCGUUCUUCGGCACGGCGGUUUUUGUGAUUGCAACCAAAUCUGUGCAAGGAUUGAAGGCGAGACUUGCGGCAUCUUAGUAUUUAUGGGCGUGAAUGAAACUGGAAUCUGUGACACCGGGUUAGUUUGCUCCCUUGUGGUGGUCGAUGGGGUGGAGGAACAUCGAUGCACUAAAGUCGUUGAGGCCCAAACCACUAGGCAACCGGUUGAAGAAACCUGUGGAACGCCAUGCCGAAGAAAAUCUGUCCACUGUGCGAUCUCUAUGAUUGUCUUUGAGGGCCAGUGGUUCGCAAACUGUGACGCUGAAGGGAACUUUCUUCCAGAGCAAUGCGAUAACACUGAUCAUUGUUUCUGCGUGAACACCACAACUGGAGCUGUAUUAGAAGGAACAAAAGUUAUUGGCAACGCUAACUGCUAA